GGUCAUGAACUGGCUGUCAGUUUAGGCAAGAGCAAGAUCCAGACAACAGUGAUAGCAGACUCUGCAAUAUUUGCAAUUAUGUCUCGAGUCAACAAAGUCAUCAUAGGCACACAUACAGUCAUGGCCAGUGGUGGACUACGAGCAGUAUGUGGAAGUCACAUUGUUGCCUUGGCUGCUAAACAUUAUUCUGUUCCUGUUAUUGUGUUAGCACCAAUGUACAAACUGAGCCCACAGUUUUUGUGUUCAUAUGACCAGGAUGCAUUCAAUAGCUUCGUAUCUCCUGAAGGAGUUCUCAAGUACUCAGAUGGUGCAAUUCUGUCCAAGGUUCAUGUGUACAACCCAGUGUUCGACUAUGUUCCCCCAGAACUUGUCACAUUGUUCAUCUCCAACACUGGAGGACAUGCACCCUCAUACGUAUACCGGUUGCUGAGUGAGCUGUAUCAUCCAGAGGACAAUGACUUGUAAUUAUUUUUUUAUUGUAAAAGAGAAAGGUAUAAUAAAUCUGUGUGCUUCA